ACAGCCCAGGGCUCCGCGCCCGGGACGAGUGGACCAGGACGACGCGGCGUGGAGGAGCUGCCGCCCCCGGAGCCCGGCAGGCAGCCUCGGCUCCCGCACCGCGGCCCCAGUACAUAUGGUGAAAGACAGAGAGGGAGGAAUAAAGGAUACCAGAGCACUGCUCUGCCACCUGUGAAGUUUCCCCUUUGUAAAUGCUCCACAUGACUGCAAGAGUUCAAUCUGGUUCCUUGCACAUGCAAAGCCAGCACUUCACUGGAUUGUCCACAACUGUUAGCAGAGGAUCUUCAGCUUGUAACACUUCUGCCAGAAAGCUUGCUCAUUGGAAUUUUGUAAGUGGCUUCACUCUAAUUAGCUCCCCAAGGACCAUAGCUCCUGUUACAUUGGUGGUGGUGCUUUUUCCAGAGGUGGCAGCAGAGACCAAGCAGCCACUGCUGGUUGGCAUGCAAGGGUUUAAGGUGUAUUGUAUGUAAUGACAGUCCCCUCAGAAGACAGAUUAACCUGCUUGUGAACUCUUCUGGGAAUUGUCCUCAGGAACUGACUGUUGCCACCUCACGCUUCCUGUGCCAGGUGCUAUGAGGACAUUGGAAUGAAUUUAUGCUAAUCUCAGAGAUAUUAAGAGAUCGACCCUGAAAAGUUUGUGAAAAAGCCUUAUAGGUGUUGGGAAGCUAGAGAAUCUGAUGAGCCUUGUGGAGAACUUGCACCCAGCCAGAAGAGUGCUCCUGCCCACCAAGAUGCUCAAAAUUCAGUAGUAGAUGCAGGUGGCGUGGAAAGCACCAAUCAGUGUCCCCUGAAACUUCCCUGGAUGAUGGCAGCAGGUAAAGCUGCUGAUGGUUUGGGGAGUAUAGCAAUAGACACGACCCAGCUCAACAUGUCCGUAACAGAUCCUACCGCUUGGGCCACCGCCAUGAACAACUUGGGCAUGGUUCCCGUGGGGUUGCCUGGACAGCAGCUUGUGUCUGACUCCAUCUGUGUCCCCGGCUUUGAUCCAGGGCUCAACAUGAUGACUGGGAUCACCCCCAUUAACCCAAUGAUUCCAGGCCUGGGGCUGGUCCCACCUCCACCGCCAACAGAAGUGGCUGUUGUUAAAGAAAUAAUCCAUUGCAAGAGUUGUACUCUUUUCCCUCAAAAUCCAAAUCUUCCACCUCCUUCCACAAGAGAACGACCUCCUGGGUGUAAGACUGUAUUUGUUGGAGGAUUACCAGAAAAUGCUACAGAGGAAAUCAUUCAAGAAGUCUUUGAGCAAUGUGGUGAUAUUACAGCGAUUCGGAAAAGCAAGAAGAAUUUCUGUCACAUUCGCUUUGCUGAGGAGUUCAUGGUUGAUAAAGCCAUUUACCUUUCUGGCUACAGGAUGAGACUGGGAUCCAGCACAGAUAAAAAGGACUCAGGCCGCCUGCACGUAGACUUUGCUCAGGCCAGGGACGACUUCUACGAGUGGGAAUGCAAGCAAAGGAUGCGUGCCCGUGAGGAGCGCCACCGUCGCAAGCUGGAGGAGGACCGGCUAAGGCCGCCCUCCCCACCUGCCAUCAUGCACUACUCUGAACACGAGGCCACACUGCUGGCCGAGAAGCUGAAAGAUGACAGCAAGUUCUCAGAGGCUAUCACAGUGCUGCUUUCCUGGAUUGAACGUGGGGAAGUGAACCGGCGUUCUGCCAACCAGUUUUACUCCAUGGUGCAGUCGGCCAACAGCCACGUUCGCCGGUUGAUGAACGAGAAGGCCACCCAUGAGCAAGAGAUGGAGGAAGCCAAGGAAAACUUUAAAAACGCCUUAACCGGGAUCCUUACUCAAUUUGAGCAGAUUGUGGCCGUUUUCAACGCUUCUACCAGACAAAAAGCUUGGGACCAUUUCUCGAAAGCCCAGCGCAAGAACAUAGACAUUUGGCGAAAGCAUUCUGAGGAGCUCCGGAAUGCUCAAAGUGAACAGCUGAUGGGUAUCCGCCGUGAAGAAGAAAUGGAAAUGUCGGAUGACGAGAACUGUGACAGCCCAACUAAAAAGAUGAGAGUCGAUGAAUCAGCCCUGGCUGCUCAGGCCUACGCUCUCAAAGAGGAGAACGACAGCCUACGCUGGCAGUUGGACGCCUACAGGAAUGAGGUAGAGCUACUGAAACAGGAGAAGGAACAGCUUUUCCGAACAGAGGAAAACCUCACCAAGGACCAGCAGCUCCAGUUCCUGCGGCAAACCAUGCAAGGCAUGCAGCAGCAAUUGCUGACCAUCCAGGAAGAGCUGAACAGCAAAAAGUCAGAAUUGGAGCAAGCAAAGGAAGAGCAGUCACACACACAGGCACUGCUAAAGGUCCUCCAGGAACAAUUAAAAGGCACCAAGGAUCUGGUAGAGACCAAUGGCCACAGCCAUGAGGACACCAAUGAAAUAAAUGUGCUGACAGUCUCAUUGGUCAACCAAGACCGAGAAACCAAUACUGAGAAAAGAAGCCAAGGCUUAAAAUCAGAGAAAGAAGCUCUGCUAAUUGGCAUCAUAUCAACAUUUCUUCACGUCCAUCCCUUUGGAGCCAACAUAGAAUACCUCUGGUCAUACAUGCAGCAGCUGGACUCUAAGAUAUCCGCCAAUGAGAUCGAGAUGCUUCUGAUGAGACUGCCGCGCAUGUUCAAACAGGAGUUCACAGGGGUGGGAGCCACGCUGGAGAAAAGGUGGAAGUUGUGUGCCUUUGAAGGGAUUAAAACUACCUGAGUGUGAAGAGCAAGAACAUCUUAGGAUGAACCCAGCGAGGCUGGUCCGGCAUGUCUGUGAGUGGCAGUGUAAUUGUGUACUGGUUCCUUAAGACAAACAGAGCUUCAUACUGUGACAGAUCUGCUUCCUGCAAAAACCAAUGGCUCCAAGAACUUAAAAUAAGCUUCAUUGGAGAAGAGCUCACCCAGCAAGAUAUUUAAAAUGAAUGAUGGUGUAGCGAAGGAUGUUGCUAGGCUACAGAGCCCUGUAUGUAAUGUAUAGCUGAAAUCAUUCAAUGACAUCUUGAGGGGAUUUUUCUGUUUUAGUAAAAAAAAAAAAAAAUUUUACAGUGAGGAAAAAUCAUACCAAAAGAAAACUUGAAUCUGUGUUUGAUCAGUUAUUGUAUUUUGUAAAUUAAGUUAUAUGUUGUUCCAGGGACUUUUGCCUUAUUGAAGAGGCAGAAAAAAUGUGAUUGGACUCCUUGAGAAUGCUUUAUCAAAAAUAUUAUUUUUCUAAUGUAAUUAUUCUCCAUCAUAUGUUCUUUUAAUUUGGACUGCAUAACAAUUUUCAUAAAAUGUAAAUAAAGGGAAAAUUAGUGCUACUGUCUUGUACUUGGUAUGUAAUAUUCAAGUUUAUACAUUAAAAUAAACAUUCAGUAAAUAUUCCUGUUACAAAUUUUAUAGCAAAGAUAUUAAUUUUUUUCAAUAAAUGACUUCUACCAGA